GGCUUCUUGAUCUCCAGGCCAGUUCUCAGUCCUCAACCUAAUGUGUUCAUUCAACUGGUGCCCUUUCUUCCACUAUGGGGUGUUGGGCCUGGGAGGGCUCCUGCUCUUGCUUGUGGUCACUCUGUUCACCUGCCUCUGUCUGCUCCGUCGGAGAGUGAAAAGAUUGGAGAGAAGAUGGGACCACCUUCCAGACCAAGAGCUCCACUAUGCCUCUCUGCAAAGGUUACCCAUAUUGGGCAGUGAUCAGGUCGAAGGAGAAGCAGAAGGCAUGAAGGAGGACCACAGCACUGACUACGCCUGCAUUGCCAAGAACAAACCCACCUGAGUACCCCCAGACACCUCCCUCA